AUGUCGCCACAACAGAGCGUGCAGGAGCUGUUCCGUACGGCCGACUGUGUUUGUUUUGAUGUUGAUUCCACUGUGAUACAAGACGAGGGCAUCGACGAGUUGGCCAGGUUUUGCGGCAAGGGGGACGAAGUUAAAAGGCUUACUGCGGAGGCAAUGGGAGGCAGUAUGACAUUCCAAGAAGCACUAAAGAAGAGGCUAGACAUCAUCAGGCCUAGUGUCAGCCAGAUCAGACAGUUUAUAGAGACAUUCCCCAUAAAUCUCACGCCAGGAAUAUCGCAGUUGGUGAAGGAGUUACAAGACAGGGGAGUGACGGUGUACUUAGUGUCCGGAGGCUUCCGUUGUCUCAUAGACCCAGUGGCAGAACAACUAAAUAUCCCAGUGGUACAUGUAUAUGCAAAUCGACUUAAGUUUUUCUUCAACGGCGAAUACGCAGGUUUCGAUGAGGCGGAACCAACGUCACGAUCGGGCGGUAAAGGGUUGGUGAUCAGGCGGCUGAAGGAACAGCACGGCUACCAACGGCUCGUUAUGAUCGGAGAUGGCGCCACUGAUGCGGAGGCCUGUCCCCCGGCUGAUGGUUUUAUAGGUUUUGGUGGAAAUGUGGUCAGAGAGGAGGUCAAAAAGAAGGCGUCUUGGUAUGUCACCGACUUCCAAGAGCUGAUCAACACUCUUGCUAUUCAAGCGAAGUAA